ACAUCGUUUGUAAAUUAUACUUGUUUGAAAAAUUUAAGAAACAGAAAAACAAUGCCGGAGGAUCUGAUGAUCCCUGCGGGGCACUACAAAGUGCGAAAGCGUUUCCGCCAGGAGGAGGUGACGCGCAAGAAGCGGGACAUACCGUGGCAGAAGCGGGUCCUGGACCUGGACAACAAUCAGUUGUGCGGUCGCACAGCCUUUGCGUGGCUCCGGUUCAUUGGCUACUACCUCUUUCUGUACUCCCUGAUCUUUUUCCUCAUGAGCAUGUGGUACAUAAUAUUCAACUACUCGCUCAUACCCAAAGAUCGGCCCAGGUGGCUGAAGGGAGCGCCCGGGUUAACCGUUGUGCCGGGCAACACAACCACCAUAUCGUGGUACACGCAUCUGGAGAAGCAGAUCCAUCCGAUAGCCGACACCAUCGAAGCGGGGCUGGAUAAACUGAACGACAAUGCGGAGAAGUUCUUCCACGACUGCAACCCGGACUCGCUCUGGGGCUAUGGGACGGAGAAGACGCCCUGCUUCUUCGUCAAGAUGAACCAUGUGUACGGGUUCAAGCCGCAGACGUACGACGACAUUAACGAUCUACCAUCCAGUGCGCCCGACGAGCUCGACGAUGUGAUCGGCAAGUAUGGCGGCAAGAGCAGGAUCUGGCUGAGCUGCAAGGUGACGAAGGGUCCGUCGCCCACGAUGAUCUACAUUCCGGGGCCCUACUACGACGCCUCCAGCAACAUGAAGGGCGUCGCCCGCGUGGUGGCCAUCCAGCUGAAGGACAUGCCCGAGAACAAGGAGGUGCAAAUCGCGUGCAGGGUCUGGGCAAAGAACAUUGACGUAUCAGAGAGGAUUUCCGGCAGGGGACACAUCAAAAUCUCCCUACGCAUGCGGGUGGAUAAUCAGGCCAAGGCCAAGGCCAAGGCCAAGCUCAAGCCCAAGACCAGGCGGGUCACCAUUAGGGGAAGGGUUUUGCGUCCUACCACAGCCACCACCAUGCAACAGCCGAACGCGAGUUCGACAACUCAAACAGCAACUGCAGCUAGUCCGAGAAGUAAAACAGUGGCAGUCACGGAGUCUACCAAAGUAGAGGAAGAUACGGAGACUGCAGAUGAAGAAGAUGAAGAGUUGGAGGAUGUGGAAGCUGAAGCAGAGGCAGAGAAACCCAAUAAAAACAAAGCGGCCAAAGCCCCGAAAGCCAAGAAGGUGACACACAGUCCGAAAAAGGAAACGGUGACUGAAAGUCCGAGAGAAAGGGAUGUGGCGGAGCCUUCCAAAGAAGACGAAGAUUCCCAGAGUGAAGACGAAGAGGAGGAAGACGCGGCAGAGACGACUGUUCCGUCCUCACGGGAACCGAAGCCAAUGAAAAUGACGGAGAGUCCGAAAAAACUAUCGGUGACUGAGAUUCCGAAAAAUAGGAAAGUAAUGGAGCUUCGAAACGAAGAGGAAGAUGCGGAUAUCCAAGAUGAAGAGGACGAAGACGAGGCAGAGACGACUGCUAGGUCCACCGGAAAACCGAAAAACCCCAAGUUUACAGUUACCUCAAGUCCGAAACAAAGAAAAAUGAUUGACAGCUCGAAGCACAGAAAAACCAUUGAGAGUCCGAAAAACAGGACAGUGACAGAAAGUUCGAAAAAAGCGUCAGGGACAGACAGUCCGAAUCAAAAGCACGCGACGAAGCCUCUAAAAGGUAGGCAUUCUCCAAGAAAUCGAAAAGCAAAAACCACAAAUGCGAGGACCGUUCAUUCAACGCGGAAGCCAAGAAAACAAAAGGUGACAAGGACGAAAAUUAAGGUGACUCCGACGCAAACGAAGCAGCCUCUAAAGGCAACCACAGGAAAUCAUAGAGACGAGGAUGAAAAGCCUCCAAGAGAAGAAUAUAUUCCCGAGACAACUGAUUUCGAUCCAUACCUUCAAGAUACAUGAACGAGUCAGGAUCACGAUUCAACGAAAGAAUUGUAUUUAAAAGUUUUUUAUUUUAUAUUUCGCUUAAACAGCCAGCCCUGGGAAUCAUCGCAUCGUCCAUGAACCAUAUCUAAGUGUGCCCGCGCAUCGAGUUAUAGUGCUACAGGAACAUCGAUAUUUCAACCAUCGAAAUUAUAAUUUGCACUAAUAUCGAACCAACAAAAAUUAAACAGAAUAAUUAGAGAACUGA